GUCAGGAUGCAGGAAGCGCUGUCAUGGAGCCCAACCAUCAUUGGACACGCUGGGUCUCUAGCAUGCGCAACCCAAGCGUGGUCCUAGUGCCUAGAUAGCGACAGCCAUGGCUAGAUUUCUGUGAAUCGAUUAAAAUAACGUGGACAGCAAAAUGUUUAAAACUAAACGAAAUAGGAAGUUUUCAACCAUUUUGUAAGCCUACUGCCAUAUUUAACUGUUCAACUGCCUUACCCUCGCUAUCCUCUAGUGAUGAUAAGUGAACGUGGGGAGACCGAGUAAACGACUCGCACUAUGACCCAGGCGCGCUCUUCCUUUUUGCAGCCGCAGCAGCAGCAGGCAGCAGCAGGAGCAGCCUGGGCACAGGGACUGGAAAUCUGCAGCCGAAAUGAGGAGAUCUAAAUGAUGUGGCGAAAAGGGAUUAAAUGCGACCAAUCUGUCGUCAGCACGAAAUCCAGGGCGCAUCGCUGCUCUAGAUUUUUUUAAUACUUUUGUGAUCAGUACACUUCCCCCAAUGUGAGCCCUGGCGUUGGGCGGUGGAUGCUAUUGACCUGGAAUAUUGUAAGAUGCACCGUUGUAUUCUAUGCUUCUCAUUUCGAUCAUUUAUCUGUAAUGGUUCGUGUGCGGCACAACGGAAUCCACUGAAUUGACGUUUUUGCUUGGAUUGUACGUUCAUUUCUAUUAUUUGCUGGAUCGCGGCAGUGUAGGCGACAGCAGACAGAAGGAUUGCGGGCUCUGAUUUGCCUGUGAUUGCUGACACCGAAACGAGCUGGGGAGCCAUGCCGUUACGGAGUAACCCUAGAGACGCUUGAUUGAUCAUGAUGAAGACCGAACCCUCGUCCGCAAAGACGGCUAACGCCACCACGCUCCGCAGCCCAUCCCCGCACCGCAACGCGUACGAGGCGAGCAUUGGCGCGCUGAGACCAGCCAACGACAUCCUAAACAGUGCCGCGAACGGCGAUGCCCAGGAUGGGAAGCAGAGGCAGUCGAACCGCGGCCGCACGUAUGGCUCCAACGUGCACCGCAUCAAAAACAUGUUCAUGCAGAUGGGAGCCUCCUCGCCGACGGAGGGGGAGGAUCCGGCUAAAGCGAGCGAGCCCAAACCCGUGCGUCUCACCCUACCCCGCGCUGGAAGCCUGAACGAAAACGUCGACCACAGCGCUCUUCUGAAACUGGGCGCCACGGUUUCCGAGCGGGUCAGCAAGUUCGACCCGAAGGCAGAAGGCAGCGGGCAACGAGGUGCCUCCUCCCCCUCCUCCUCCGCAUCCUCCAGCUUCUCCAAGCUGCAGGAGACGCGCAAGAUUUUCGAGCAGCAACAGGAGAAGCAGGCGGCCUCGAACCGCGUGCUGCUGAAGAAGGAAAGGGUCGCGGGGAUUCAGGACAGCCGGUUGGACGUGGUGGCCCGGUUCAACGGCAGCACCGAGUCUCUGGACAGCCUCGACGCGGUGAGCGGUGCUACUACCGAGGCCGUGUCUCCCACGGUGAGUCAGCUGAGCCAGGUGUUCGAGCGGGCCGCCGAGUUGCGGAACAACCUGCACCGCCUGUCCAACACGCCGCCGCUACCGUCGCGGGGCGUCACCGCCAAACCGAGCUCCCUCAACUCCAAGAUCAUCUCCAAACGGGUCCGGAGCUUACCGGCGGCGUCCCACCGAGAGGACGGCUCGAAUCAAAAUCAAAACGGGAGGGGGCACACUCAGAACCAAGGCUCCAUCACCACAGACGGGUCAGUGUCAUCAGGCCACUCAGGCACAGAUGGACCCCAGAGAGGUGACUCAGAGUGGGUCGAGAAUGGCACCGGUGCCGCCCCUAAUACCCAGGACGCCAAGGGCCAGCAGCAGCAGGCGUCCAGUGAGCUCUCCAGAGGUACCCGAAGCGCCCGUGGCCCCGUGGAAAACGGCAAGGAGGCCCCAGGCGGCCGGGACGAGGUCGGGCUCUCCGGACCGGGGGAGCGGGGGGAGGUGCGGAGGGGGGCGGCAGGGAGCUGGAGGCGCUGAGGGAGGGGGCAAUGAAGAAGAGUGCGUGAAGAGGAGGAGGGAGAGGGAGACCACCUGGACAUCAGUGCCUACAGCGCGGCCGGAGAGGAGUCCGCGGGCAGCCAGGACGAGGAGGAGGAAGAGGAGGAGGAGGAGGGGCAGGGGCCCUCUGAGCCAGAGAGCCAGCUGCCUGGAGAUCACUGCCUGCCCCGAGGGCUAGGGGCAGGCCAUAAGAUCCGCUUCAGCACCGGCCCCAUCAAGGUGUUCACUACGUACUCUAAUGAGGACUAUGACCGGCGGAACGAGGAUGUGGACCCCAUGGCAGCGUCUGCAGAGUACGAGCUGGAGAAACGAGUGGAGAAGCUCGACCUGUUCCCCGUGGAGCUGGAGAAAGACAGUGACGGUCUGGGCAUCAGCAUCAUUGGGAUGGGUGCAGGAGCCGACAUGGGACUGGAGAAACUGGGCAUCUUCGUCAAGACCGUCACUGAUGCGGGCGCUGCUCAUCGGGAUGGACGUAUCCAAGUGAAUGACCUGAUCGUGGAAGUUGAUGGGACCAGUUUGGUGGGGGUCACCCAGAGUUUUGCGGCGUCAGUCCUGAGGAACACCACUGGAACCGUCCGGUUUCUGAUUGGGCGUGAGAAGCCAGGCGAGCAGAGUGAGGUGGCCCAGCUGAUCCAGCAGACUCUGGAGCAGGAACGCUGGCAGAGAGAGAUGAUGGAGCAUGGAGCUCGCUACGGAAACUACAUGGGAGACGAGGACGAGGCUGGUGAUUAUGGCACUGAUGAAGAGGAGGAGGACGAAGAGGAGGAGGUGAGCCCCAUGUAUCCAGCCGCCAUCGAGGUGUUUGACCUGGCCGAGAAUGAGGACAUGCUCUCGCCCAUGGAGAUGGACCCAGAGAAGCUCGCUCACAAGUACAAAGAGCUUCAGAUCAAGCAUGCUGUGACACAAGCUGAGAUCCAACAACUCAAGAGAAAGCUGGCUCACGCGGACCAGGAGAAGCAGCGAUGGCGCGGGGAGAAGGCCCAGCUGGAGCGGCGUCUGUCGGAGAACGGUGAGCGCAUGGAGAAGCUGGAGGGCUACUGGCUGGAGGCCCAGUCUCUGUGCCAGGCCGUGGACGAGCACCUGAAGGAGACGCAGGCCCAGUACCAGGCCCUGGAGCGCAAGUACAGCAAGGCCAAGAGGCUCAUCAAGGAGUACCAGCAGAAGGAGAUUGAGUUUUUGAAGAAGGAGACGGCCCAGCAGAGCACAGAGGAGGAGGUGGAGGCUUCACACCAGGAAGAGGCGGAACAGCUUCAAGACAAGGUAUCUGAGGAACCUCAGGUGGAGGAGCCUAAGGCUAGUGCCUCCUAAGGUCGGGGAGUCUCCUGCUGCAGUGAGGAGCCCACUUCUCCUUCCCACCACACUAACCCUUCUUUCUCUCUGUGGAACUGGACACGGGUGGAUGGACAGAGGUCUCCAUUCCCUCUUCACCCCCUCAUCCCCUCUCUGUUCACCCCCCUGCCUUCAGUCUGUCAACCAGCAACAUGGACGUUUGGAGUUCUGUUUUUCACUCUUCUGCUUUCUCUCUCUCUGUUCUGUCCGUAAACAGAAAACAGAAGAAGGGUUCUGUUCCACUUAUUCUGAUCUCUCUCUCUCUCUCUCUUCUUCUGUGGCAUUGGCACAGAGCAGAUGCCCUUUCACUUCCCUCUCUACUUCUCUCUGGAACCCCUGUCAAAUCUCUCAACACACACACACACACACACCAGGCGUUCCUCUCCUCCGAUGAAAAGUAUUUUGUGAGAGAAUCCGCUCCCUUUCUUUGGAUAUUGAUUUUAAGACUACUGUAUUACUUCCCCCCUGGCCUGUGAUAUGGGGGCCUUGGUGAAGGUUUUAAAUCUCAUUUAUGCGUGUUGUGAUGUGUGUUCAGAGUAUGAUGAGAAGGUCAGAGGGGUCAUCUCUGAAAGAAUCCUCUUCAAAUGGACAUCAAAGAGAUCUGUUUUUUUUCCUUUUGUUGCUACGAUACUACACUUCCUUUGUAUUUUUUUUUUAGUUGUUCCUUCUUCGCAGUCUGUAAAGACGCGACUAUGUUCGUACAUGUUUAAUCAAAUAAGUGUUGUUUGUACAGUCUUUAUAAGUGUAUAAUAUUAAUAUACUGUAAGUAGAAAUAAUGGAAAUCAAGGCAACUGAGGAGCUGUGGAAGUCCUCUCUGGAGGACGCAGAGGAGCUGUGGAAGUCCUCUCUCGAGGACGCAGAGGGUGUUUUUAGAUGUAAAAAGUAUUAAAAGAGAGAAACAGAGAGAGAGAAAGAGAGAGAGAGCGAGAGUUUGUGAGCUGAGGUUUGUGUGGAUGCCAUCUGGAGAAGAGUUGAUGCUUGGCUCAUGGACGCCACACACAGAAGCUGCUAUGCUGAGGUGACACACCACCUGUGCAGCACACCUGGUGUGGAUGUGAACAGGAAACAGUUUCCAGGAGAAGCUUCUCAUCAUAACCAUCCACAUCUCAACAUGUUCGCAUCCUGCACAAGCGUUCUCACUCUCUCCCAACUGGACCCAGCCACUUAAUUCCUAUUGGCCGACAGACUGAUGAGGUCACAGGCCCGGUGUGAGAUCAUUGGCUGGCCAUAAGGAAGUGGCAUCUCUUUAAAGUCAGAGAUUUCGGCUGGUGUUUCUGCUCUUCACCAACAGUGUUUCUCUUCUCUCAGUGAAAAGACACAUUCUGUAAGUGUGUGUAUACACACAUAUCAGUACCAGUCUCUCUCUCUCUCUCUCUCCCUCUCUCUCUCUCUCUCUCUCUCUCUCUCUCUCUCUCUCUCUCUCUCCAUGCUUUCAACAUGAAUGUCAGUUUGAUUGAAGCAACAUCUCCUCCUCCUUUUGUCCCAAGCUGAGUUUGUGACACAUUAUCAGCAGAUCACCUGAGGUAUGCUGUUAGGCCAGUCUGCAUGUGUGGGUUUGGGUUUGGACCCAGCGGCUCUGGCUCCCCUACUGUGCUGGGCUCAGGCUGACAGACAGCUGCAGGACUUGCCAUCUACAUCUCAGAUUUGGGCCGAGUUUGGGACCAAUCUUCUGGAGACCUGGAUUAGGAUUAGGAUUUGGAGUUCUGGUGACUCUAUGUCGGGUUGUCCAGCUGCAGCCAUGGUGUUUCUGCGUGUAACUCUACGGACCACACUGAGCUCGUCCACCACUGGGCCUCACAUGAAUAGGACGCACGCCAACAGUCCAGGAGAUGUGUUUCUCUUUGAACACACACACACACACACACACACACACACACACACACACACUCACACCUGGGACCACCUGAGCUAGCACACAAGUGUUCCUGGAGCUGUUUUUGGUGUAGAACUUUGGGACUGACCGACUCACACACUUUUCUUUAUUCCAAGAGAAGUAUAACUACUGAAGGGACCAGGCAUUUGAGCACCUGGGGUUUUCAAAGCACACAAAGCACACACACACACACUCAGACAGACACAUAUACACACAAACACACGCACACAAACACAUAAACACAAACACAUACACACACACACACACACACACACACACACACACAUAUAUAUACAUACACACACAUACACACACUCACAAACCAGCGUCAGUAUUUCUCCCCCACUGAGACCCCCACUGCCUGUUCCCAAGUUCCGUUCCCCUCCAGUCCACCUGCGUCGCCAUAGGAACAAUCUAGAAAGUUCUGAUAAAGCAGAAUAGACUUUGUUUGCUCUGGUGUGAAUGUUCUUGGGAAAUGUGGAUCCGCUUUAAGAAGAUUCUGUGAGUCACAAAGCAUUGGACAAUUAAAUAACAAAGAAGUGGAUCUACUUUGAUAGAAAACUAUAUGUGUCACAAACGGUUGGACAGAAAAACGAGGAAGGAGUGGAAUUAGCUGUGGAGAUUUGUGAGAGGCGAACAUUAAAUUGCUUGUGAAUUUAGUCAUGUUUAGGGAAUCACUAUUAGUUGGAACCCAAGUGGGAAUCCAUGGCAACUGAGUAUGUACUAGCAGGAUUGUCCAGCACAGUUUUGUUUAAUGUGAUUUUAUGGAAUAAACAGUCAAUGGUGCAAAA